AUGCAAGAUUACUCUUACGACAGAAAGCUGAAGAGUCAAAAGAAGGCACACGAUGAUGCCGUAGCAGACAAUCUGAAGAAGAUUCCUCGGGGUGCUGCUGAUAUGUUAAGAGCUACGGGAUUGCAAGAGACUGACUUGGUCCUCUGGGAGGACAGAAUGGGAUCGUCCCCAGCUGUUUUCAUCGAUAUGCACGAUCUGAAUGAUUAUGUGGUUAAACGCAUCUGGACAGUUUCGGAUGACGCCAAACGUAGAAGUGCGUUCGGCGGCGGGAAUACGACAGCGGCUUGCAGCGGAACGUGGGCCAGCUGGCAAAAUGACGUCACAGAUCAGAAGCAAGCUGCCGACAACAAUCUACAUUAUAAUGUCGUUAACUGGGUCAGCAAAUUUGUAGAGAACGCCAAGAUUAUGGGUGUAGUGGAUAGCGAGGAAGGUUAUCAUGACUCUCAGCGGGAAUUGGACCAGCUGCAAAAGUGGGCUAAAAAACGUCAAAGGAAAUUUAACGCGGACAAGUGCGAGGUGUUACCCUUCGGUCCGAGCUCAGCAAUCACCGAGCUCCUGGCAAGCUGGAACGAUUUCCAGUUGCUGCAGCUGACUGACUUCUACCGGGACAGGCUGGAGCAGGCGAUGGAAGGAGGGGUGCACGGAGUGAGCCUGGCGUUAACGGCCGAGAAUCAGUUCAGCGGAGAGGAACAUCGGAAAAUCUCUGAUCUCGCUGAUAAGGGAGAGCGGGCGGACAGUUCUAAACUCCUCCUGAGCCUGGUGAUGGAGAAAGGCUCCCGCGCCCGGAGGGUGAUGUGGGAAACCUUUGUGAAAAUGCGGAUUGCUGUCCCAAAGUUUGAUAAAAUACUGAAAGAAAUACAGGAACAUGGUUGUGUUCCGGUCCAGCGACCUGUACCGGAGAUUCCCAGGGAACUGAAAGAUGUUCAACAGAAACACAAGGAGACUCUGCGGGCACAAACUGAAACACUGAGAGUGAACACGAUCCUGAUGAGGGAGAAGGUGAAGGUUUUCCAGCUGGUUGAUCGAUACGCUGAGCUCACGGUCAUUUCUGCUGUUCGAGAUCGGAGACUGGUGGAACAUGAGCUGCUGGCAAGAGGCAGAGACCACGAGGAGUGGAGAGAGAAACGUCUCCGUGGAGAGCUGGAAAAAAUCCAGAUGGAUCAGUUAUUCCAGAGCAGCUUUUCCCGGAGUAAAUCCAAAACUAGGAAUUCAGCAGCAGUGGCCGGAGUCCCAGGGAUCGGGAAGACGACAAUGGUACAAAAGAUUGUUUACGACUGGGCCACGGGGAAAAUAUACCAACAGUUCCAGUUUGUCUUCAGUUUCAAAUUCCGGGAUUUAAACUCCAGUAACAACAGAAUAAACCUGAGGGAACUGAUUCUGGAUCAGUAUCCCUACUUUGGGAAUAUCCUGAGAGAGGUCUGGAAGAACCCAGAGGGAUUGCUGUUUAUAUUCGAUGGUUUGGAUGAAUUCAAACACAGAAUCGAUUUUGCUGACAGUCGGAGAGACACAGAACCCAAGCACCAGUGCCCAGAUCCCGAGUGGUGGUGUGAAGUGUCUGACAUUGUGUACAGUUUAAUCCAGGGCAAGCUGCUCCCAGGGUGUUCAGUGCUGGUGACCACCCGCCCCACUGCGUUACAUUUAUUGGAAAAGGCAGAAAUCAGUGUCUGGGCUGAAAUCCUGGGAUUUGUUGGUGAAGAACGGAUGGAAUAUUUCAGCAGACAUUUUGAAGAUCAGACGGUGGCAGAAGCUGUUUUCAAACACGUGAAGGUGAACGAGAUCCUGUACACCAUGAGCUACAACCCCUCCUACUGCUGGAUCCUCGCUCUGGCACUGGGACCCUUCUUCACACAAAGAGUCAAGGACCCACAGCGAGUUCCCAAGACCAUCACCCAACUGUACUCCUACUAUAUUUACAACAUCCUGAAAAACCACGGCCGUGAGAUUGAGAACCCCCGUGAUGUGUUACUCAGGGUUGGUCAGAUGGCCUUCAGAGGUGUAUCCGAGAAGAAGAUUGUGUUUACAGAUGGAGAUUUGAUCAACUACAAACUGCAGCCUUCCCAGUUCCUGUCCGGGUUCCUGAUGGAACUUUUGGAGAGAGAGGAUUCUGCCCGGAGCGUGGUGUACACAUUCCCACACCUCACCAUCCAAGAGUUUGUAGCUGCAGUCGCACAAUUCCUGAAUCCACAUCCCGGGGAUAUCCUGAACUUCCUCACUGAAGUCCACAACACGACAGAUGGACGAUUUGAGGUAUUUCUCCGUUUGGUUGCUGGUCUCUCCAACCCAAUGACAGCUCGGGGCCUGGAGGAGUUUCUGGGUCCAUUUCCUAAUGAAACAACCUGCCGGGUGAUUGACUGGGUGAAGGAGGAGGUUAAACGCCAGAGUGAAAACACAAGUGAAGCUGGUAAAAAGAGCCUCUUGAACACAUUGCACUACCUGUUUGAGUCUCAGAAUCGUGGACUGGCUCAGGCCGCACUGGGAUCUGUGGAAAAACUAGCAUUCCGUGAAAUGACACUGACCCCGAUUGACUGCGCGGUCCUGUCUCAUGUCAUCGGACUCUGUGAUACAAUAAAACACCUCAACCUGGAGAAAUGCCACAUUCAGUGUGAAGGAAUCCAGCGGCUGGGACCCGGGCUGCACAAGUGCCAGGAGUUGAGACUUGGAGGGAAUGAACUGGGAGAUUCAGGAGUGAAACUGGUGUCUGCGGCUCUGAGGAACCCAGAGUGUAAAAUACAGAAGCUGCAGCUGAGGGAUGUCGGUCUCACAGAUUCUGGUGCCGAGGAUCUCGUCUCCGCUCUCAGUACAAACCCAUCACUGACGGAGCUGAACCUGAGUGGUAAUGAACUGGGAGAUUCAGGAGUGAAACUGGUGUCUGCGGCUCUGAGGAACCCGGAAUGUAAAAUACAGAAACUGUGGCUGGGGAAUGUCGGUCUCACAGAUUCUGGUGCGGAGGAUCUCGUCUCCGCUCUCAAUACAAACCCAUCACUGACGGAGCUGGACUUGAGUAGUAAUAAACUUGGGGAUUCAGGAGUGAAACUGGUGUCUGCGGCUCUGAGGAAACCGGAGUGUAAAAUACAGAAACUGUGGCUGAACAAGGUCGGUCUCACAGAUUCUGGUGCGGAGGAUCUCGUCUCCGCUCUCAGUACAAACCCAUCACUGACGGUGCUGGACCUGGGAUUAAACUCGCUGACAGACCGAUCUGUCCCCUCUCUCAGCCCCCUCAUACUGACCCUCCCGUGUCUGGAGCUGAUCUGGUUGGUGGGGAAUCGGUUCAGUGAGUCCGGGGAGAAGGAACUGAGAUCUCUGCAGGAACCCAGACCCGGACUGAGUGUGCGCCUGAACAUCUGAAUAUGUGAACAUCGCCGCCCGCGGGAUGGGGACAUAUUGGCCAAUUCCCCGCCCUCCCCUUUAA